UGCUUUGCGCUAACGCCGCCGCGCGCUUCCGCUCAGUCGAAUACUAAGCUUGACCCGAAUCGCGUGAUGUUUUUCGAGGAUAUUUUUUUCGUGUUUGUGAGUGUUUGUUUCAUUCUGUAAAUGAGUAGUGUCGACUAUGAUGAUAGAUCAUAGACCAUUUACUGCGCAAAAGUAGGAAGAUUGUUGAUGUUUAUUAAAGAGCAAGGUGUUGUGUUUGUGAGUGCGUGUGAUACCUACCUACCGCGGAGGAAACGCGAUGUUGCAUACCUACGUGACGUGACAUGUUCUAGGGUACCUACCUAGGUACUUCAUCCGAAGGAAUAACAAUUAAGGUGUGAUGCGGACCCAGCUGCUCUGGCCAAGUAUGUCUACGCCCUGGUCAAGAAGGACAAACCGGUGGCCGAGCUGCGAGAAGGCAUGUUGGACCAGCUUGAUGUCUUCCUGCAACAGGAAACGAGGCCGUUCGUAGACAUGCUGUUCAAAUCGCUGGAGUCUCAGGAGUACCUGAAGCCCCAGGCCGGCGAGAAGCCACCGUCGCCGGCGCCCGAGGCGGAGCCCGAGAAGGAGCCAGAAGUUGAGAACCAUGACCAGUUGGAGUCCAAUAUUGCAGCGCCGCUGCCCCCCAACGGCAAGGAGGAGGUGGCGGAGCCCCCGGGCGCCCGGCCGCGCUCCCCGGCGCGGCACCGCGUGGUGCUGACCCGGGGCGGCCGGCCCGCGCCGCCGCGGGCGCCCCCGCUGGAGCACACGCUAGUCAAGGUAUUACCCCUAACGGAGCUGUUGGAAGAACCAGUAGACCAUCCGCCUAGAAGAAGGGACCGGAGGGGAGACUCGUUGCGUGACAAGGACGACCGGCGCCGGCGCCGCUCGCGCUCGUGGGAGCGGCGCGCGCGGCCCAGGAGGCACAACAGGGAGCCGCACGACGACCAGAGGAGGUAUGACAACAGACGUCCACUAUCCCGGUCGCCUUCGCCGCGCGGUCGCUACAGAAACAGAAGUCCACCACCUACCGCGCUGGAGAGGCCGCCCAGCCGAUCCCGGUCAAGAUCCCCAGUGCCGGCGCGAGAUCGCGACCACGAUAGAGAGAGGGACAGAGUGCGGGCGACGCGUGAGUGCGACCGAGAAAGAAUGUCGCGCGACAGAGAACACAGGGACAGGGUGUCUCGCUCGAGAGAUAGAGAACGGUCGCGAGAGAGAUCGCGGGACAGAUCACUAUCACCUCGUCUGGAGUCCAGAAUAGAACACAAUGACGGCUACAACAAGCGACGGUGCCGGGACUUUGACGAGAAGGGCUACUGCAUGCGCGGCGACCUGUGCCAGUGGGACCACGGCAGCGACCCCGUGGUGCUGGAGGACGCGGCGCUCAGCAGGGUGCUGGCCGCGCCGCCGCCCGUGCCUGAGUACAACCCGCUGGCGCCGGACAUCUGGUGCGGCGCAGGCUUCCCGCCCUACCCGCCGCCGCCGCCGCACGCGCCCCGGGAGCUCAUACCCAUACCCAGGACAUUUGCCAACAGGAUCCGUCACGACGUGCCUCCUCCGAUGGGCCCCACCGGCCCAGCUAUGAUGCCCAUGCCGCCGAGACACCCCGCGCCCCCGAAGAAGAACUUCGACUACAACAGACUCGGCCCCGCGCGCCCCCCGCCGCCGCCCGCGGCCGGCAACUGCUCGCUGGAGGUCAAGAAGGUCCCGCGCGGCCUCAACGAUAUCACACACCUCAACAACCACUUUAGCAAGUUCGGCAAGAUCGUGAACAUACAGGUGUGCUACGAGGGUGAUCCGGAGGGCGCUCUGAUAACGUUCUCGACGCCGACGGAGGCCAACGUGGCGUACAAGAGCACGGAGGCGGUGCUGAACAACAGGUUCAUCAAGGUCUUCUGGCAUAACCACGAGAACAAGCAGGAGAACAUGUCCCCGGCGGGCCAGCCGGCGGGCGGCGAGCGGCCCAGCAACCAGCACCCGAUGUCGCACAACAAGGUGCUCAUCAACAGGGACAACAUCAGGGCCACGCACGACAACAAGCAACAACAACUCAACAUCGACAAGGCCAAGGAGCAAGCGAACGGUGCGAGCGAGCCCGUCAAGAAGGAAGUGUCACUACCAGCUGAGAAGAGCAAACAAGUGAUGGAGAUGCACAAACGUGCGCAGGCGCUGCUCGAGACGCAGCUGCAGCAGCAGCUGCUGCUCAUACAGAGGUUGGAAGCUGGCAACGUGACAGGGCCACAGAAGGCAGCGCUUAUGGAGGCAAUCAACUCGGCGCAAGAAGGAAUAGAGAAGUUGCGGAAGGAGCUGGUCGCGUACAACAAAACGCUGCGGCAGAUGCAGGACGAGUGCGUGGCGCGCUCGCUGUCGCGGCUGCAGCUCGCGCAGGCUAAAAAACCAAAAACACGGGAGGAGGCGCAGAAGGAGAUUCUAGAUGCCGAGCUGGACAUGUUCACUAAACAACAGGAAGGACAGGACGUGACCGAGCUAGCGAAGAAGAUAGCUGAGCUGCGGCGACAGAUGGCGAUACAGUUCCCCUCACACCUCACCAUGAGGAGGCAGCACUCCAGGGGCGGUAGAUUCAACAGCGCGACUCGCUUCACUCGCAACACGGCGAAGGUGUUCGUGAACCAGGUGGUGGACCACAGGCCGCGCGCGCUGCUCGUGUCGGGUUUCGAACCUGACGACCUCACCUCGCUGCUACAACACUUUGCCCAAUUCGGCGAGAUAACGGGCAAGGAAGUGAACUUGGCGGUGCCAGAGCUGGUGAUCCAGUAUCGCGCGCGGUCCAACGCCGAGCAGGCCGCCCUCAGGGGGCGCCACUACAACGACCGGACGCUGUCGAUAACAUGGGUGACCAACAACAAGCCCAUCGGCGGCGGCAGCGGCGCCCCGCCCGCCGCCGUCAACGGAGACACGCACGACGAGAACAAGGAAGUCGAGACCCCAACGGAGCUGAGCGAGGACGCGCUCCUCCGCUUCGACGAAGAGGAGGACGAGGACGCGGAGGACCGCUCGUGGAGACGUUGACGCAGCCGCCGCCGUGACGUCAUGCGGCGCCGGUAGCACGCGCGUGACGUCACAACGCGCCCGUGAUGCAAACAAAUGUCAAAUAGCAAUAUUGGUAUCUUAGAUGACUUGUUUUUGGCCGUUUUAACCUCCCUGAAAGGACUAAAUUUCUCAUUCUUCUUGAUUAUACUCCGUGUUAGAAGGAGGCUUUAGGUGCAUAUGGCACGAUUUAUUUAUGAUAUGACGUACAAAAAAUUCGAUUAGUUCGUAACAGUGAUAUGCUCGGGAAUAUGCAUUUGCCGCUUUGGGCAAAUUCCCGACAUCAAAAGACGCAAAACUUAUAUAAAAAUAACUUUAUUACAUAACCUUUAGGCGGAUAAACCCGGAGUACAGUCAUGAGCAAUAUAAUGUACCCACUUUAGGACUCUGUCGCACUCACAUAUUUGACAUUUAGUGAGACUUACAGUUCAAUUUGUCAAAAAAGUUAAUGUGACAUGGUACCAAAGUGUGUACAUAUUAAUGCUCGUGACCGUACACCUCUGCCUACCCCUUCGGGGAUACAGGCGUGAUGCUAACGGUGUCAUAUUACCCUGAUUCGUUCUUUGCUAACGUAGAAACUGUUCUACUUUACAAAACGUAAUAUGAUUACAAUGAGCAGGACAGAGAUAUAGUACAUCUCCUAGUGCGAAAGGGACAUAUCUUCCGUGUUUUUACCUUUGAUGGGUUUGCUCUUGGCCCCAGACUUGCCUGAAGGCAUUUACGAGACCUAAAAUGGAUAGAGCUCGCCCAGAAGGUGUCCACUCUGUCCUUGAAAGCACCCAGGUUAUAUGCAUUCGGAAAUACAGAAGGCGACAGAGAAUUCACCCGCCUAUAUACGUCCCACUGGGCACAGACCUCCCGUCGAUCAACCGGAGGGGGUACGGAGCAUACUCCACCACGCUGCUCCGCUGCGGGUUGGAGUUUUUACGGCUAAGAGCCGGGACCAACGGCUUAACGUGCCCUCCGGAGCACUAAUACACGAGAAUACCAAUAUACGUCCAAUAUCGAAUAAGUGAACAAUAACAAUAAAAAAUUUCGUUGUCGGUGUAAUUAGAUGUCGUAUAGAUUGAGCUAGACUUAGAUUUUAAAAGAUACAGAACGCUCAUUUCGUUACGGUGUUACUAAAGUCUUAACUUUUUAUUAGCUGCAGUAAAAUGACGUUUUGUGGGUUGCCGCUUUUUGAAGAAAAAUAAACAGGGAUGUAACUUAGUGAGUGAGUGAAUCAUACAAUGAAUGAUCAGUUUGGUUUUACUUUUGAAAUAAAUUAAUAAUUAAAUCAAAAUCAAAUCAAAUAAUUUAUUUCGAACUACUAUGGUCCAUAUUGAUGUUACAUACAUACAUAAACUCACGCCUAUUUCCCACCGGGGUAAGCAGAGACUAUAGAAUUCAAUUUGCUUCGAUCCUGACACACUUCUCCAUAUUGAUGUUAGUAUGACUUAAUCUAUGUAAUUAUUAUGAGUUAGUUGUGGAACUAUUUGAUCUUUAGUGAACUGAAUCACAUCCCUAUUGAGAUUAGGCUGGCAACUUUAUUUUACGGAAUGACAUUUUGAAACGUCAGUUUACUGCAGCUGAUUAAAAGUUCGACUUUAACACCCUGUAUAAGUAAGAUUUGUUUCGUACGGUUCGAUAUUUUGGCGGAAGUCUGGAUUUCUAUCGCGGUUUGAUAAUUCUGAUUUCUCCAAUACAAUGGUAUACAUUUUAAAGCAACAUAAAUGGUAUAAAAAACCAGGUAUACUCAAAACUGACAGCUAGCAUUUCAAGGUCUCAGCUGACGUCAUCACACUCUACGUUGCCAUUUCUUAAAAAAUAAAUUACCCACGACCAAAAAUAAUUUACUUUGCAAGGAAAUUUUGUACUUUUAGUAAAAGAUUUACGUACAGUUUUAAUGAUUUUUGUAUAUGUGAUAACAAAAUAGUAAUUAAAUACAUCAGUCAGUAAUUCCCUUAAUUUUCAAUAAUAAAAUUUACGUCCUUGGAAUGUUGGAGAUGCUAAUUGAAUGGUAACACUUACGUCAUCAAUAGGCUAGCAAUGGCGGCUUGUCGUAGGAUUGAGCAUACCAGUAGGCUCUGCACGGUAACCGCGCCGCGCGCGGCGCGAAUUAUAUCGAGGCCUUCGACCAAUAGCCGUUUGACGUCCAUCUACGUAGAUAGCUAUAU